AUGUUUAUUUGUUGUAGAAAACAAAACAGAAGAAUGAAGGUGUAUCUUUGUUUAAUCACCUGCUUGUUGUUGGUGUGUGUUGGAGUCAAUCUGGCAAAGGAAGAAAUGUCUGAAAACGAUGGACUUAUUCAUGAGCUUGUAAAGCGAAGUGCCUGUCAAAGAAGACUAUGCCAUGGUAAUAGAGAUUGUUGUCGGUUUGAUCGUUGUUUCAUGGGAAGAUGCAUGAGGUUCAGACAAAGAUAG